UUCCCCAAGUUCUGCCAAGCCCAGCCCCAGCUCUGGUCUCCUGACUUUGGCGGGGGAACAUUUGCACUGUUCUUGUUCCUUACCCCAGGAGCUGGCGUAUUGCACAACCUCAGGAAACAGCCCCUAUGCAAUCCUGGCCCACGGAGCGGACAUGUUCUGGUUUCUAUUCAGCAGCUUUUUUAUAAAAUGUGUUUUCCUUUCCCAUCAUGUCAUCUGGAAGCAAUUCCUCCCAACAGCUGGAUUUGCUUUCACAAUUGGUAAACACGGCGAAUGGAAGGCCGGGGACGAUGCGGAGCUCCCCGGAGGAGCCUUGUCCCCACCCUCUUGGCUCGCGUUCUGAGGCUGAUCGCGGGUCCCGCACCAGCCUCAUCAAAAUCCAGGGCGUCCUCCCGCAGGCAACCCGCACUGCAUUCCCUGCUUCAGAGGGUCAACGUGUUCUUCGGGGGGCGGGGGGGAGAAAUUUUCUGAAUGUUCUGCAGAUAAAACUGAUCAGAUGCAGGCCAGAUUGCCAGCUGCCAGGCGCGCGUGCGCCUGCAGAGGCCCCACCAGAGCGGGGCACCAGCGCUUCGGGGCCCACGGGAGGCCUCUCUCGGCACCGCCGCCACCAAAGCCAGUAAGAGAGGACGAGAGCCUGAAGAGCACUGACUGGGCCUUCAGGGAAGAUGAAUGUCUCCCCAGAUGUGCUCCUCGGAGACAAGUUUCCACGCAGAUGCAACCGGAACGCCUGCCAGGCUCCGGAAGGCAAGGCCCAGAGCGCAGAGGCCUCCGAGCGCUGGCUCAGCCUGUCCCCUCCGCGGCCGGGGUCACCAACACGGCUUGUUCUGGGCCUGUUCUGGGCCGAUAGGCCCAGGACACAGUGUGAGACGGAAUACGGUGUAGGGGACGCAGCUCGGGCCCCAGGCACUCCCUCCUGUCGCGGAAGACGUGCUGUUCUUUGAUCACCGUUUCUAAUGUGGAGAAACCAGCCGAGCACGUGGCUGAACUCUCCGGGGGAGCGCGGAGUGCCGGUGAGGCCCCGCCCUGAGGCAUCGAGACGCUGCUGGCCAGGCCGGGGUGGGUGGCAGAGGCUUCCUUCCAUGCACCGCUAAUGCUGCGGGCUGUCAGGGCCUAGCUCCCAUGAAGAAGAGGCCUUCCCAGGGGGCAAAGUGGGCCUCUGACCGCAACGUUCUCGGGGAAGAGAUAGGCAUCCUUCUUACUGGACAAACAAAGGGAAACCGUCGAGGGAAGAGAUUCACCAGAGGACCCUAGUGAGGGCGACGCCCAGCUCCUCAGCAAAAGUCGUGCUUCUUCAAUGGAGCCGGUUUGCCUGGGCCCAGCGCGUGCAGAGUGCGUUCCCUCUCGCUCCUUCUGUCCUGCGGGGCCUCCUCUUCUCUCUCUCCUUCCAGCCUGGUGGAAGCUUUAUUCUCGUCGGGGGCCGCAGGACAGAAACUGCAUCCGACAUUUUCCCAUGCGUCAUGGUAUCUUGCCUGGAAUUUUGAAAAUCUGUGAGUUUCUGGUUUUUCCAUGGCAAGGCUCAUUCCUCCAGACCUUAGUCACUCUGCUCUGGCUGCCUGGACUGCUAGGGAGGGGCCUCAGGGUGCACCUGGAGAAAUUCAUUGAGGCCCAGAUCAGAGCCAUGGGUGGGUGAGAGCAACCCCUUCCUUAAUGGUCCUUCAAAAUGGUCCUCUAGCUUAAACAAACCCAAGCUAUGUGGCAACCAAAUGCAAUGAGUGGGCCGUGUUUGGAUUCUCAUUCAAAUAAACCAACUGGAAGAAGAGAUUUGGGGAUAAUCAGGAAGAUUUGAAUUGGGACUGUGUAGUAGAAAAUAGCAAAGAAUUAUUGUUAAUUGUGAUAUGUGUGAUAAUGGUGUUGUGGUUAUACAAGAAAACGUCCUUAUCUUUUAAAUGGUGUGUAUUGAAGUAUUUAAGGGU